AUGCCUGAUGCAGAAUGGGGAGAAUUCUGCCAAUGGCACAACUUCACCAUUUCCAAGGCAGAUAUCUCCGACCUUGUCGGCCACAAAGUAGACGAAACGGAUCGUGAUGGAAUCAUCAAUUUCAACUGUGCCGAGCAAUUCAUGAUGUAUUGCAAAGCCGCAAGAUUCCAUGACAUCCCGAUGCAGGAUCAAGUCCUAGCUGCAAUCAGUCCGAAAGAACAGAAGAGACUAGGCAAAAACGUCGAUGGAUUCACAAACGAGAGUUGGGAUCUGAUCAAGAGUGCCGUCGCCGAGACAUGCAACAAAGCGAAGUUCGGACAGAACGCGUCCUUGGGCCGGAAGCUAUUAUCCACAGGCGAUCGCAUUGAAUAUACCGCCAAACAUGCUUUGUCUCACCGUCAACACUGGGGUGAGAAUCGACUAGGAAAAGCUCUCAUAGUGACGAGAGAGCACUUGAGGAGCGAGGAGGCCCGCAACAAGAAGCCUUGGGAGCAUUAUGAGGCGUAA